CAGGCGUGAAAAAGGUCAAGACUACCGCACUGGUGACAGCGACAUGCAGAUAUCAGAUCUAUAAACAUAAAGAGUAGGUUAAAUACACUCACCAACAGAUAAAAAGAAUCGCAUGACAACACUCAACCUCUUCUGGUUUGUAAUAUGUUUAAUUAAAUCUGUAGUAUUUGGCAAAAUGAAGACACUACUGCUUAUAACGUUAACUAUACUCGCUGUGAUAUGCUUGCGCUUAGAAGCAUUUCCCAGGCGUCCAAAGCUGAACCAAAUAAUGCUGAAUCGUUUGAAUGAAGAUUCUCUUCGGACAACAGAACUCGAAAAGCUUCUCAACAAAAUAAAGGGGAAACGUGACAUACCUAAUGUUAAACUUGACGGCAGUGGUGUUCAAUCCAAGCCAAAAAAUGCAAUAGUAAAUCAUGUUGUGCAUAUAGGUAUUGAUGGGCUAAAGCCAGCAUGCAUCACAAACUCAAGUACAGGUUCGCCGAACAUUCUUCAUCGUCUUGGGAAAAUGGGAACGUCUACGAUGGUGAACGCUCGGACCACCAUUCAGACGGUCAGUGCGCCUGGUUGGUCCACAACGCUCUGUGCCAUGGCUCCGACUAGCACGGGGGCGAUAAGUAAUAGCUGGACUGCCCCUUGGUUGGGGACGACACAAGAUAUUACCCCCGUCACCGGGAACGCGCAUCCAAUGCCUUGCGUCUUUGGAACAAUAAAAUCCCAAUCACCAGACACGAAAACUGCCGCCUUUUAUGACUGGAGCUGGUUUGUCAACUUAGGCAACAAAUCCAUACCCGGGAGCUUAGAUGUUGAUUAUUUCGCCAACCCCGGUGGACGUGACAAUGGGUAUGGCGAUGCAGAUGAAGAAAUUGCCACCGAGGCCGUCAAGUACCUAAAGGCAACGUUGCCAUCUUCACAGAGCAGUUAUUCAUUCGUGUAUUUUGGAAACGUGGAUGAGACUGGCCAUGGGUAUGGAUGGUGCGGCCCUGAAUAUGAAACUGAAGUUGGAACAGUGGAUAAACUUGUCGGUCAAGUCCUUGACGCUAUCGAUGAUGUGAACAUGACGUCACAAGUUCUAGUCAUGCUUAGCGCUGACCAUGGAGGAGACGUAGGCACCAAAAGUCACGGUUUCCAAGACGACCAAUGUCUGAUCAUUCCGAUGUUCUUACGGGGCCCUAUGAUAAAACGUGACUACAAGUUCCAAGUGGAGGUGCGGAAUGAGGAUAUGGCCCCUACAGGACUAUACAUGAUGGGUCUGUUACCGAGUGUUUGGUGGAAAGGGAAGCCAAUGACAGAGGCGUUUAUACCACCACCACCAUCACCUGUGUAAAAAUGAAAACAUUCCGAGAAAGGGAAAAGACAUACACUACGCAUCUAUAAAUAUAUGUGCAGACGCUUUCAGACAGUUUCAUUUUGCUCCUUAUCUUCCACUUACAAGACUCUGGCUCUCGGGGUCUAUUCUGACACUAAAUAUUUAAAAAUGUGACAUCAAUUAUUGUUCAUCUCAUUCUGACUUGUCAUACUUUGUAACAGGUAUCUGAUUCGAAAUCUACCUGAUGAUCAAAGAGUCUUGUUCCAGAUAAAAGGAUUGUCAUGGUAUUCCACGAUGUUCUCUACACUCUAAAAACUUGAAACGCCAAAACAACGCUUGUUUUAACACUUAUUGUAGAGAAGGCUCGUGUUUUGUUUAAUUACAACUGGCCUUAAGUAAAAGACUCUAAAGACCUUAAGUAUUACGAUUAAAUCUGGUCACCUAGUAUUCAUUUUCAUUAGUGUAAUUCAAAUGUAUAAUCCGAAAUCAUAUACAGUAAAACCUGGGUAUAUUGAACAUUCAUUGACGAGAAAAUACUAAGUAUUGGUACUGGUAGCGUUCAUCAGAGAGGGUAAUUUAUAUAGAAGUCAGUAGAGUGUGGAGGAAUGGUGUACAUUAGAGACAGGUGUUCACUACAGAGAGGGUAAUUUAUACAGAAGUCAGUAGAGUAUGUGCGGUUGAAGGGUGUCCAUUAGAGACAAGUGUUCACCUGAGAGAGGUGUUCACUCACUAAAACAGGUUCAAAUGCAUUGAACAAAUGUGUGUCAUUUAUAGGCAAUACUAGAAUUUAUCGUAUGAUCUGUAAGAUGAAGCCCUUUGAUUGGUCAGUUCUUGUGCUGUACCAAUCUAUAUUGCUACUGAGAUUGUCCCAAUUGUUCAUCUCCGUAGCAAUUCAGAAAAUAUUCUUACGGAGGGGACAAUCUCAGUAGCAAUACAGAGAAUGCAGACUAUUUCUUAGUGAUUAUCUCCUUAAGUAAAAUGUAUUGGCGUAAGAUCACACGAUAAAAACGUUUUUGAAUGCUUUGAAGUGCAAUACAG